AUGUCUCACACAUCACAGAAGCAUCGGGACUUUGUCUCUGAGCCUAUGGGCGAUAAGCCAAUUAUAGCUGUGGCUGGUAUUGGAGAAGUUCUUGGUGGCAAAUUGGAAGAGCAAGGCUUUGAUAAGGCUUAUUUGCUUCUGGGGCAGUUUCUAAAGAAAGAUUCAGACGACCUCUUUAAAGAAUGGCUAAAGGAUUUCUGUUGGGCCAAUUCCCGACAAGCAGAGCUAUGUUCUUCCUGUCUGAAGGAAUGGUGUUCAUCUUUCCUGUGA